AUCUGUAAUACAGGUAAGUCGCUAAAUCUCGAUGUUGGACAGGCCGCACCAUUCAGUAACCAGAUCGCACUGAAAGCGGUAAUCAAGCUGGCUGUCAGUAUGUGGGGGACACUAGCCUCACUCUUUGUCAUCUCGGUGGCCACGUUGAGCCCAACCAAUGGUGCGACAACAUUGCAAAGCCUUCCUGCACGUGACAACGUCACUCCAGUGAAUGCGACAUCUUCGACAAAAGCGGCCGAGUCCCGGAUACUGGGUGGUAGCUACGCACCCGAGGGCACUUUCCCCUACCAGGCUGGACUGUGGACGAGCAGCAGCAGUCGGCCGUUCUGCGGCGCCACCAUCGCUGACGCUAACAAUCUCGUCACGGCAGCCCACUGUGUCUUUUACACCAACGGAGAUAUGAUACCCGCCAAAUUGCUGAGCGUGUCAGUGGGCAGCGUGCACAUCAGGUCGGCCACCAAAGUGCCUGUGUCCGCAGUCUUUGUCCACUCCAAAUACAACAGCGAUACAAGCCAGAACGAUAUCGCUGUUCUCAGGACUAAGCAGAAGCUAUCCUUGGGGGCUAACGUGCAGCCUAUCGGAUUCUCAAUCAAAACUCCUGCGAUCAACACGCCGUGCAACGUAAGCGGCUGGGGUGUCACUACUGUGAAUGGGGCCACUCCAGAGCAGCUGAAGUACGUGACGGUGAACGUCACGAACAGAGGGAUUUGUCGCGCGAGCAUCGUACUGGAAGGAAUGCUGUGUGCUGGAGGGGAGAGGAACAAAGACUCCUGCCAGGGAGACAGUGGUGGGCCACUCGUGUGUAAUGGUACACUUGCCGGAGUCGUCAGCUUUGGAGUCAGCUGCGGUUUGCCAGGCUUCCCUGGCGUGUACACCGACGUGUCCAAAUACGUCGACUUCCUCAACUAUUCGCUGACCAGAGCCGGCGCCGCGUCAGUGACGUCACCAGGCUACCAGACGUUGACCGUCAUUGGCUUCAUCGUAGCCACGUGGGCAGCGUGGGGAGCGGCCAGUCGGGUCUAACUCUGCUGCCAGUUUUACUGUGAAGUGCUACCCCACAGGAUGGUAUCUGUAGCAAGAAAACUGUGGCUCUUAUAAGUGGAUGUCUUGUGUACGUUUAAUGCUCUCGUCAAUAAAAGGGAAUGCGAUUUUCUGCUGUUAA